UUCAGGGUGACUGACGUUGGUGAGAGGCGACGGACCUUGGAAGAUCGGCAAGCCCUCCAACCCCUCCACCUCAACUCUACACACAUGGGACCUUCUAAAGGGGGCGGUGAAGCAGGAGGUGGAGGGAGAGAGACAGAAGAAAGUAAAGAUGCUGGAGGAGGAGGAGGAGGAGGAUGUACCCCGGGUCAGGACCUGUUGUCGUGGUGCCAGAUGGUGACCCGGGGCUACAAGGGCGUCAAGAUCACCAACAUGACCACCUCCUGGAGGAAUGGGCUUGCCUUCUGUGCCAUCGUCCACCACUUCAGACCAGACCUUGUAGAAUAUGAGAGCCUGUCCCCGCAAGAUGUGAAAGGCAAUUGUAAGAAGGCCUUUGAAGCUGGUGAGAGAUUAGGGGUGACCCGCCUGAUUGAGCCCCAAGACAUGGUAAUACUCACAGUGCCUGAUAAAUUAGCUGUCAUGACCUACCUGUAUCAACUCAGGGCUCAUUUUACAGGUCAUGAAUUGGAGGUCGCUCAAAUUGGGGACACAGCAGCUGAGUCUUCGUACACUGUUGGUCGACUAGACACUAACUCUGGCGAUGACGACAUCCUUAACCUCCGAUCUCAUGACGACAACUGCAAUCUACAACGACUCUCCUCCCACAUUAGCACACCGGGAGAGAACGAAAAUGACAACAGAACCACAGAAGCCAGAAUACGAAGGACAUCUGAAUCGAGUCAGAGUUCGCAAAAAUCUUCAACAAAUUCAAGCAAAAGAAAGAGUGGGGAGUACGGCCCAGAGAAGGACGGAAGUAAUCUUUCCACGACUCCUUCAGCAAAGGAGCGUCUUUUAGCGUCGUCUAAAUCUAUCACGUCAGAAAUCUUCAAAAUUGGUACCAAAGUUCUCUCGCCCACUCGUGAAAAACUAGCCAAGACAGAAAAUAGGAAUUCAACUGCAUCGUUGAGUAGCAACAGUAGCAGUGGUGAACGACCCGUGUUAAUGACGCACAAGCAGCUCGUGGACCCAUUUGCCUCAGAUGAUGAGGAGGAUCCCACCUCUCCUGCUGCAACUCAGGAGCAGCGUCCAAGCAGCCCCCAAGACAGUCAAGAGAACGAGGAGAACAGCAACAAAGACAAUAAGAGGUCGAUGUCCCCUAAGACCUCGGUGAUGUCCCCCAACGAAGAGACUGGGUCUAGGAAUGGGACAACUACCGGGCCUCAAGAAGGGUCCCCAGUUGAUUCUCGACUGGGGUCCAUAGUUCAGGAGGUUCCCGGACUCCUCGACCUCUCCCCCACUCGAAGGGAUCAGGUGGUGAUGAGAGAAAGACAAAGUCCCGUUAAAAAGACUCCUGGGGUUAUGAAAGCUGAGGAAAAUCCAGUGACAGAAGGCGAAGAAGUAACAGAAUGGACGAAACUGACCGAUGAUGACGCUCAGCAGAUUGGUUCUAAGGGAGUGAGUGAUGAUCAUACUCAUCUUGAUAAACGGGGAAUAGAUAGUUAUUCUCAGUUAGCAUCUGGUAAUAAACAAGAGCAGAAGCUUCCAGUCACCCACACAGCUAGUGGAGGGGUGAGACCCAAAGCCUUAUCAUCCUCCAGUGAGAAAAUAUCCAAAUGUGUAGCCGGAGUUCAGUCUCAACUUAACAAGUCUACAAAAGAUGCUGUCUGCAUUUCAUCUGAAUCUACUGUAGAGAGUAAUCACAGCAAACAAGAUUCAGUAACUGAUCUUGCUGAAGAAACACCACUUGAAGGGGAAGAUGUCUUGUUCUUGGCUCAAGUGGCUGGAAUUUCUCACAUGGAAGAGAGUGAUAGGGCAGCUCUACAUCUACUUCUGACAAAGCGCCCAUCGUCUCGACACGAAGAGCUUAAAGAGCGGCAGGCAUUUAUUAGAACAGGCCAGACGAGAAGCUCAAAGUCGCCCGGGACCUCAGCGAUCGUUAUCAAAGGAAGAAGAAGAGCGACAGGCACAGUUGAGGGAACGUCUUGCGUCGGCUUAUUGCCGAAGCUAAGCAGGGGUUUCUCACCCCAUCCACACUAAAAUCUGCUUCACACCGCAAAGUCGAGACAACUCUCAUGAGGAUGAUGAUGAUGAUGUGCAUGUAGAGUAUCAAAUACAGGCUGUUUCACCUGCUAAUGAGGAAAAUGGCAAUGUCAUCUCAGCAUCAGGAGAGAAAAAGAACAUAAUAUGGCUUUAAGCAGUAGUACAAGUGUAGCUCCAAUUACCAUGACGACCUCCACCACAGUGUUACCACCGUCUGCCUUCCCACCCACAACAUCUCCGACUGAAGUACAAUCCUCGUCCUCUUCGAUACUCGGGCGGAACUCGGGAGGGAGCAUAGGCAGUAGUAACGAGGGCGUCAGAGAGGUCCGGCAUGAGCUACAAUCAUUUAAGAAUAUUAUGGAUAGAAUGUCUCCAGAUAAAGUCCGGCUCACUCUCCUCGAGCCUCGCCUGAUAAGCAAACUUGUGAGAGCAGCCGUUACUUACAAAAUGAAUUGGAAUCCUUAGAGAGAGAGCAGCAACAGAUUGACGAACAAGCGGCCAAACUUGAAAAGAGACUAAGAAAAAUAAUGGACCUCAGUA